UUGUGCACCUUUUUUAUUCAGAUAUUAUUUGUAACUUGUAUCCAGAAGAUUGAGUGCAGCAUUUUCCUAUUGCACCUAAAAUUGGGGUUAUGUCCAUAAAACAUGACAGUUCAUUUUUAGGGCGGACUGACCAUUUGGAAACUCGGGCACUGCCCGAAGGCCCAGGGUCAGUAGGGGGCCCCAUGAGAUGCCCCUGGUACCUUUUUCAUAGGCUUUUUUGAGUUUGGGCAAGGACACAGGGGCCCCAUGAUCCCCUAUUGCCCGGGGGCCCUAUGA